GUACACAGCUGAUGAGCGUGACUACCCACUGCAGUUUUGUUGUGAGUGGACUCUACACACUGCGAUCACUGUGGUCCGGGAUUCUUCACCACGCGUAAAGAUAUGAAGGUGGUCACCAUCAUCGGCAGUGGUCUGAUUGGACGCUCCUGGGCUCUUGUCUUCAUCAGUGGAGGCCUCUCAGUGAAGAUCUACGACAAGCAGCCAGGGAUGGCCGCCAGCGCGCUCAGCUCCAUCAGGCAGCAGGUGUCAGAGUUCCAGCAGAAGGGCUUGCUCCGUGGAGAGCUGAGUGCGUCUCAGCAGCUCUCUCUGAUCAGCACCUGUGAUGACCUGAAGACUGCAGUAGAGGGCGCCUUCUUCAUCCAAGAGUGUGUGUUUGAGAAUCUGGAGGCCAAGCAGAAGGUCUUCCUGGACAUCGAAGGCCUUGUAGGAAGUGAUGUCAUCCUGAGCAGCUCCACUUCCUGUCUGGUACCCAGCCUGGUCUUCUGCAAAGUGCAGCACCAGAGCCGCUGCCUAGUGGCUCACCCGGUCAAUCCUCCGUACCUGGUGAGACUGGUGGAGUUGGUCCCUCACCCUCUGACCUCCCCCUCUGUAAUGGACAUGGCCCAGGCCCUCAUGAGCCAGGUGGGCCAGGUUCCGGUGCGUUUGAGCAGGGAGUUGGAUGGUUUUGCUCUGAACCGGAUCCAGAUGGCUGUGAUUGCAGAGUCCUGGAGGCUAGUGCAGGAUGGUGUGAUCUCAGUGAAGGAUGUGGACCUGGUGAUGUCAGAGGGACUGGGCAUGCGCUACGCUUUCAUUGGUCCAAUGGAAACCAUGCACCUGAAUGCACCUCAAGGUCUGGAGGACUACAUGAGGAGAUACGGCCCAGGCAUUCAGCGUGUCCUGUCCUCUUUCGGACCCACCCCAGACUUCACUGGGGACCAAGCCAAGGAGAUUUUCAAGGAAAUGUGCCAGUUUAUCCCCCCAGAGCAGCUCUCAGCCCGGACAGAGCGCAGAGACCAGCUGCUGUCCCACCUGGCCCAGAUUAAGAAAGAACACUAAUAUGCAUUAUUUUAACACUCUGACCCCUUACACAUCUCACCCCUUUAACCCUCUGAUCCCUCACACAUCACAUCCCUUUAACCCUCUGACUCUGUAUACAUCUCACCUCUUUAACCCUCUAACCACUCACACAUCUUAGAUCUUUAUCUAACUGACCCCUCACACACCUCAUCUCUUUAACCUUCACGCAUUUAAUCCCACACACAUCUCACCUCUGUAACCCUCUGAGGCCUCACACGUCUCACUCCUUUAAACAUCUAAGUCCUCACACAUCUCACAUCUUUAAGCCUCUGAGCUCUCACACAUGUCACCCCUUUAACUCUCACCCAUUUAACCCCACACACAUCUCACUUCUUUAACCUUCUGACCCCUCACACAUUUAACCCCACACAUAUCUCACCCCAAUAACCUUUUGACCCCUCACACAUCUCACCCAUUUCACCUUCUGCGCCCUAUGAAAUCUGUGAUGACUGUUAAAGGGGACAUAUUAUGGAAAAUAAACUUACAUGAGGUUUUAAGCUUGAUUCGUUGAGCUCGAGUGCUUGAGCAAUCCUGUAGUGUCUUCCUGGAGUGCUCUGAGCAUCUGUUUUUGCCCAUGGACACAAGGCGAGGCAAGUUUAUUUGUAUAGCACAAUUCGUACACAAGGUAAUUCAAAGUGCUUUACAGAAUAACAAAGAAAUUAAAAUCACACAAAUCAAAACAUAAAUAAUCAUUAUAAAAUUACCAUAAAAACAAAAGAGUGUAGAAUAAAAACCUUUCAGUCGUAUGCACAGCUAAACAACCGUUUUGAGCCUGGAUUUAAACAUUGUCAAAGUAGAGGCCUGUCUCCCAUCUUCAGGAAGACUGAUCCAGGUUUUAGCUGCAUAAAACUGAAAUGCUGAUUCCCCAUGUUUGGUCCUGACUCUGGGCAACAGCAGAAGGCUGGUGCUCAUUUGGAGAGGCCAAUGAGCAGGCCGUUACAGUCGUCUAACCUACUGGAGACAAAUGCAUGGAUAAGUCUCUCUAACUCUGGCUUUGACAAUAUACCUUUGAUUUUUGCAAUGUUUUUAGAUGGUAAAAAGCUUGUAUGUUAUUGAUUUCAUGUGGCUGUUAAAGUUCAAAUCUGAGUCCAUUAUUACCCCUAGAUUUCUAACCUGAUUUGAAGGUUUUAGAAAGAGAGACUAGAAACUCUGGCUGAAAUCAAAUCAGUCAUGUGAUCACUAAUCAAUACAUGGACCUCCCUUCUUACUUUUCUUACCUUUUUUUUUUUUUACUCUACUUCUCACUUUUUAACUCUUGUAUAUUGUACUAAUGUGAUGUAUUUGUUGUACUCUUUACCUGCCUGGGGACUGCGGAUGUAAAUUAGCUCUGUAGCUAUAAUCCGGCAUAUUUACAUUUGUUCACAACAGAUGUUCAUUAAUGUGCAUUGUCCCUAUCAAAUAAAUAAAUAAAUAAAUAAUAAAUAGAUAACUGCUAACACUUUCUCUGUUUCUGUGGAUCCAAGACUAUGACUUCAGUAUUGUCUGAGUUUAGCAGAAGAAAGUUUUUUUGCAUCCACACACUGAUCUGUUGGAUGCAGUGGCAAAGUGAAACCACUGGUCCAUAUUCACCUGCUGCCAGUGACACAUAGAUCUGAGUGUCAUCUGCAUAGUUGUGGUAGGACACAUUAUUGCUGUGUAUUAACUGUGUUCAGGCGGAUGUCAUUUGUCUCCUUGAUAAGAGCAGUCUCAGUGCUGUGGUGGGGUCUAAAACCUGGCUGGAAAUCAUGGACUAGACAUCAAAGAAGUUUUUCAUUUGGAGAAAGUUAAUUAGCUGUUGGUAAAAACUUUUUCAAGGACUUUGCCUCAAAACGGCAGAUUUGAGAUUGGUCGUAAUUUUUCAAUAUUGUGACAUCAAGACUGUUCUUCUUUAGGAGAAACUUGAUAACCGCAGUUUUCAAAGCUCUUAGGAAUGUUCCAGAUUGAAGUGACAUGUUAACUAUGCAAACGAGUGGUGACAGCAAACUGUUGAGCACAGACUUUAGAAAUUUAGUGGGUAACACAUUGAGGCAGCUUGCAGAUGAACUCAAGACUGGUGACAAACUCCUGGACAGUUUUGUCACUUAGAGGUGCAAAGUGAGUCAGCUCUAAGUGUCUAGGAGGGUGCCAGGUUGUUAUUUGCAUUGUGGAAUUGAUGUAAUUGAAGAAUACUGCAGACUCAUUGCACUUAGAUGUGGAAAUUAGCUCUAACAGCAAGGUAGCAGAUCCUUAAAGGUUAGAUAGCUAUAUAGAACUUCACCUAGACUCAGACCUGUGGACGUCUGCUCACUGAGUUUUGACUUUUCAAAACUACCCACUUUAAAGGUGCACUGUGCAACUUUUCUGUCACUUCCUUGUCUCCAUCCAGAUAUUAUUGUUUUGCCUGGAAUUAUGCAAUCAUUCAAUUACAGUUUUUGUUUUGUUUUUUUUUAGUUUUUUUUAUUUUUUAUUUUGUUUUUAUAGUUAAAAAAUGAAUAACAUGCAUUCUUACUGUAAGUCUAUGUGAGCGUGUGACACUGGAGUGCAGAUGUGAUUCUCUCCUGAUCAACUGUGAACUUAACCUUUUGUAAACCGAUCACCUCAAUAAACACUUUGAAGUGGUG